ACCAGAUUCAGCACCAGGCUGUGCGCGGUCUGUGCUCUCUGGAGCGGAGUGGGAAACCCCGGCCUCCUGCAGCUCCGAAGAGCUUCUCCCUGAGACUUCCGCGAGGGGACAAGUCCUCACGGCGGGGUGGCCGAGCCCCCAGCCCCUCCGGUGUGCCUCCUUCCCGCGCCCGCGGCUCAGCCAGCUCAGCUUGGCAAGCCGAGGCUAUGGACUCGGAGGAUGACCCCUUGCUGCAGGAUGUGUGGCUAGAGGAGGAGCAGGAAGAGGAGGAGGAAGCAACCGGUGACGCCUUUAGGAGGGCCCAGAAGCCAGGGCCGCAAGCUGGGGAAGGAGGGCAGUGUUGCUGGCGGCGUUGGACCUUGCCUUCCCGGCCCCCGGCCUCGGGCUUCUGGAGUACCCUGGGCUGGGCUUUCACAAACCCGUGCUGUGCGGGGCUGGUGCUCUUCCUGGGCUGCAGCAUCCCCAUGGCCCUGUCAGCUUUCAUGUUCCUCUACUACCCGCCGCUGGACAUUGACAUUUCCUACAACGCCUUUGAGAUCCGCAACCACGAGGCCUCCCAGCGCUUUGAUGCCCUCGCGCUGGCGCUCAAGUCCCAGUUUGGGUCCUGGGGGCGCAACCGGCGCGACUUGGCCGACUUCACCUCAGAGACGCUCCAGCGCCUUAUCUCGGAGCAGUUGCAGCAGCUGCAUCUGGGCAACCGCUCCCGGCCGGUCAGCAGGACCACCCCGGCAGUCUUUGCGGCCCCAAGGCGUGGCCCAGGCCUAUCUCCGGACCCUUCCACCGACCAGAAACCAAAAGCCGAUCGGAUUGGGCGUCUUCGGCGCGAGGCCCCACCCCCGGUGGAUCUGGCAGCCAACCAGAGUGAAGGCCCAAUGAACAGGCGGCUGGAGAGGAACGGGCGGUGCCAACCCAGCGCCCCGCCCCCUGCUGUGGCUGCGGCCAAUCAGAGCCGAGCCCGCCGAGGAGCCUCCCGCUGGGACUCCUCCCGCUCAUCUGUGAGCGCCAACACCCAGACGCAUGCGCACUGGCGCAUCGAGCUCAUUUUCCUGGCACGCGGCGACGCAGAGCGCAACAUUUUCACCAGUGAGCGGCUGGUCACAAUCCACGAGAUUGAGCGCAAGAUCAUGGAUCACCCGGGCUUCCGGGAGUUCUGCUGGAAGCCCCAUGAGGUGCUCAAGGACCUUCCACUGGGGUCCUACUCUUACUGCUCGCCCCCCAGCUCACUCAUGACCUAUUUCUUCCCCACUGAGAGAGGGGGCAAGAUCUACUAUGAUGGCAUGGGCCAGGACCUGGCUGACAUCCGGGUGUUCCUGUCCUUUUUCGGGAUUGCCAGCAUUGGCCUCAGCUGCCUGGUGGCGCUCUUCUUGUACCAUGUGGUCUUUGGUAUCCAGUACCUGGGCAUCCUCAACGGCGUGGCUGCCUUUGUGAUAGUGGGCAUCGGUGUGGACGAUGUCUUUGUGUUCAUCAACACCUACCGCCAGGCCACCCACCUGGAGGACCCCCAGCUGCGGAUGAUCCACACCAUCCAGACGGCAGGCAAGGCCACGUUCUUCACCUCCCUGACCACAGCUGCUGCCUAUGCAGCUAAUGUUUUCUCCCAGAUCCCGGCCGUCCACGACUUCGGCCUGUUCAUGUCUCUCAUUGUGUCCUGCUGCUGGCUGGCUGUGCUGUUCACCAUGCCGGCCGCCCUGGGCAUCUGGAGCCUUUACAUGGCACCGCUAGAGAACGCCUGCCAGACCAGCUGCCACCAGAAGUGUGGCCGCAAGAGCUCCCUGCACUUGCCUGGGGACGUGUUCGCCACUCCUGAGCGGGCUGGGGGCAGCCCUGCCCAGGGCCCCAUGCCCUACCUGGAUGAUGACAUCCCCUUGCUGAACGUUGAGGAGGAGCCAGUGUCGCUGGAGCUGGGAGACGCGUCCCUGGUAUCUAUGCCCCCCGAGAGCCUCCAGCCAGCCCCCGACCGGGGCAGCAGGGGCCAGCUCAUUGCCCAGCUGCAGGAGCUGCUGCACCACUGGGCCCUGUGGUCCACUGUCAAGAGCCGCUGGGUGAUCGUGGGGCUCUUCGUCUCCGUCCUCAUUCUGUCCCUGGUCUGUGCCAGCCGGCUCCGCCCCGCCAGCCGGGCCCCCCUGCUCUUCCGGCCCGAUACCAACAUCCAGGUGCUGCUGGACCUCAAGUACAACCUGAGCGCUGAGGGCAUAUCCUGCAUCACCUGCUCAGGUCUGUUCCAGGAGAAGCCCCACAGCCUGCAGAACAACAUCCGGACAUCCCUGGAGAAGAAGAAGCGGGGCUCGGGGGUCCCCUGGGCCAGCCGACCUGAGGCCACCCCACAGGACUCCCCAGGCACCGUGUAUGUAUCCAAGGUGAAGAGUAAGGGCCACCCGGCUGUGUACAGGUUCUCCCUCAACGCCAGCCUACCCGCCCCUUGGCAGAUCGUGUCCCCCGGGGACGGGGAGGUACCUUCCUUCCAGGUGUAUAGAGCGCCUUUGGGUAACUUCACCAAGAAGCUGACCGCUUGUAUGUCUACAGUAGGGCUGCUCCAGCCGGCGAGCCCCUCCCGCAAGUGGAUGGUGACAACCUUGGCCUGUGACGCCAAGCGGGGCUGGAAGUUUGACUUCAGCUUCUACGCGGCCGCCAACGAGCUGCAGCACACGCGGAAAGUGUACUUUGCUCAGUCCCACAAGCCCCCUUUCCACGGGCGUGUGUGUGCAGCCCCUCCUGGCUGCCUUCUCAGCUCCAGCCCCGACGGCCCGACCAAAGGCUUCUUCUAUGUGCCCAGUGAGAAAGUGCCCAAGGCCCGCCUCUCGGCCACCUUCGGCUUCAACCCCUGUGUGAACACGGGCUGCGGAAAGCCAGCCGUGCGGCCACUGGUGGAUACAGGGGCCAUGGUCUUCGUGGUCUUUGGCAUUAUUGGCAUCAACCGCACGCGGCAGGUGGACAACCAUGUCAUCGGAGACCCGGGCAGUGUCGUCUAUGACAGCAGCUUUGAUCUCUUCAAAGAAAUUGGGCACCUGUGUCACCUCUGCAAGACCAUCGCGGGGAACUCGGAGCUGGUGAAGCCGGGCGGGGCCCAGUGCCUGCCCUCAGGCUACGGCACCUCCUCCUUCCUGCAGAUGCUGCAUCCUGAAUGCAAGGAGCUGCCCGAGCCCAACCUGCUCCCUGGGCAGCUAUCGCACGGGGCGGUGGGUGUCAAGGAGGGUCGAGUGCAGUGGAUCUCCAUGGCCUUUGAGUCGACCACGUACAAGGGCAAGUCCUCCUUCCAGACGUACUCGGACUAUCUGCGCUGGGAGAGCUUCCUGCAGCAGCAAUUGCAGAUGUUCCCCGAGGGCUCGGCCCUACGCCGAGGAUUCCAGACCUGUGAGCACUGGAAACAGAUCUUCAUGGAGAUCAUAGGGGUGCAGAGUGCCCUGUAUGGCCUGGCCCUAUCCUUGCUCAUCUGUGUGGCCGCGGUGGCCGUGUUCACCACCCACGUUCUCCUCCUCCUGCCAGUGCUCCUGAGUAUCCUGGGUAUCGUCUGCCUUGUGGUGACCAUCAUGUACUGGAGCGGCUGGGAGAUGGGGGCCGUGGAAGCCAUCUCCCUGUCCAUCCUCGUCGGCUCCUCUGUGGAUUACUGCGUCCAUCUGGUUGAGGGCUACCUGCUGGCCGGAGAGAACCUGCCCCCCCACCAGGCUGAGGACGCCCACUCGCAGCGCCAGUGGCGGACCCUGGAGGCCGUGCGGCACGUGGGAGUGGCCAUCGUGUCCAGCGCCCUCACCACGGUCAUCGCCACGGUGCCCCUCUUCUUCUGCAUCAUCGCCCCGUUUGCCAAGUUCGGCAAGAUCGUCGCGCUCAACACAGGCGUGUCCAUCCUCUACACGCUCACGGUCAGCACGGCCCUGCUCGGCAUCAUGGCGCCUGGCUCCUUCACCCGGACCAGGACUUCCUUCCUCAAAGCCCUGGGCGCUGUGCUCCUGGCGGGGGCCCUGGGGCUAGCUGCCUGUCUCGUGCUCCUUCGGAGCGGCUAUAAGAUCCCCCUGCCCACUGGGGCCUCCCUAUAGCCCUGGCAAUUGGGUCCUGACUGGCGCACCUUUCUGUCCAGUGGGUGUGGGACGAGGCGCUUGUUCUGACCCCAGAGGCAUGUUGUUUCCUGGCUCGGCUCUAACUGGUUCUGUCCCCGGGCCUGGGUGGGAAGAGGCGCCCCACCGCUCAGUGUGGGAGCGGACACCCACCUGUGUGACCUGCACUGCCUUCAUGACGGCACCCCGCCAGGGCUGGGUGGGAAGCCGGCUGCCACCCCGUUCAUCUGGGCUGCCAACAGCUGUGUCAGGCACCCCCUGAGAGCGGAAGAGUCCAGCCCCCCUCCAUGCCAGCUCACCACGGGGGUGUCCCUCUCGUACUGCCUCAGUGCUGGCGACAGCUUUCCCAUGUGGGUGUUACAGGGCCCCCAUUCUACAGCUGUGAAAACAGGCACCAGGAGGCAAACUGAUUGACGUGGAGCUGGGGCGGUGGCAGAGCCCAGCUGCCUCCUGAGCCCCGUGCCUCCCUCGGGGAAUUUGCAGGAAGAGCACAGUGGGUUCAAGGGCAUGGGCCUUGCACCCCCUACCCCUCUCCUCCCCUUCCCCCAGCUUUAUGGCGGCCAGUGCUGGGUGGUCCUGUGGUCCCUCCCAGGCCUUUUGGUCCUGGCCAGAGAGUACAAGAGACUGGCCUGGGGUUCUGCAUGUCCUACCCUGGGCCCCAACACAGCCUUCCUCACUGAUCCAAGCCCCCAUCUCCCCCACUCGACUUUGGGGGGUGGAACUGGGGGAGGCAGUCCUUGGGUGGGGGGCUGGCUGUGCCUGCCGCCAACUCACAGCAGAUGGUUCCUAUUCGAGUGAAAUGACACCGCAGACCGCCGCCAUUAACACGAGCAUCAUAAGCAUCACUGGCUCCACCGCGUUCUUCACACUGUAAUAACUAAGUGCUUGCAGGCUGCUCGGCCAGAACCUGGCACAAGGGGUGGGGCUGGGCCUGGAAGGAGAUGGAGGUGGGUGGAGGGUGCCAGCCUCCCCAGGAACCAAGGUCCCAGAGUGCUCUGCGAGCCCAGGUCGAGGUUGGGGGCCUCAGGUAGCGCUGUGGGCGUGAGGUUCAGUAGAUGCACCUUCUUUUAAGGGGCUCAUCUGGCUUGUCAGUUGGGGCAAUAUUUUAAAAGAUUUUAUUCCUUAGAAAGAUGAGUGGGGAGAGGAGCAGAGGGAGAAGCAGGCUCCCUACUGAACAGGGGGCCUGAUGUGGGGCUCAAUCCCAGGACCCCAGGAUCAUGACCUGAGCCGAAAGCAGACACUUCACCAACUGAGCCACCCAGGUGCCCCAGUUGGGGUAUUUUUGAGCACCUCUGGUGUGCCAGGUACUGUUCUUCCUUGGGGCAGACAUUGCCCCCCUGGGCCUUAGGAAGCCAGACACAGACUGAGCUGGAACUGAGCCCUGAGGGUGGGAAUGACGUCCAGGGUGACCUCCAGGCUAGCUCACCUGGUCAUCUGUAGAUAUUAACCGAGGGGCUAGGUCUGCAAGGCAGAGGUGGAAAAGUGUGUCCCCACCUAGUGCAUGCCGGGGACCGAGUGGGGACUCAGUAUUUGUAUGGGGAACAGCAGGCUUUUGGACCCACCAUCUAUGCUGAAGCCAGACCCUAAGUAAUUCAUGGUUCUAGUUACUGUGCCAGAUGUUCUUCUCAGGAUUUUUAUCCGUCUGCCGGGGCUGCCAGAACAAAAUGCCAUUAACUUGCAGGGGGUGGUGUGUGUGUGUGUGUGUGUGCUUAAACAACAAAUUUAUUCUCUCAGUUCUGGAGGCUGGAAGUCCAAGCUCAAGGUGUUGCCAGGGUGGUUCCUUCUGGAGGUUCCAAGGGAGAAUCUGUUCUAGGCCUUUCUCCUGGCUCCUGCUGAUCGCGGGCAGUCCUUGGUGUUCUUGGGCUUGAAGACACGUCCCUCCCCAUCUCUGCCUCCGUCUUCACAUGGCCAUCUUUUCUCUAUGGUGUUCACAUCCUCUGAUCCCUACACAAGGACACCGGUGGUAUCGGAUCAGGGUCUACCUUAAAUGGCUCCACUUGAUCAUCUGCAAAGACCCUGUCUCCAAGUAAGCUCACAUUCAUAGCUCAGGGUUAGGACUUCACUAUAUCUCUGGGGGGGACACGUUUCAACCCAGAACCAGCAGGGCUCAACGUUAGCCUUCGGCUCAUUUGUUAGCCUUCCAGAGUGCGUGCUAUCAUACCCAUUAUACAGGUGGGGAAGCCAAGGCUCUAAGAGAUUGAUUUGGCUAGGUCACACAGCUGGUAACGGAGGAGCCAGAUUUUGACCCCAGCCAGUCUGCCCCAACCUUUAAAGGUAUACAACCUCUGGGAGAAUUGUAACAAAGCCUGACAGAUGGGGGCAUUCAAGGUUGGUGGUCAAAUCAAGAGGCCUGUUCUUAGAAAAUCUGAGAUGGAAACCCUUGAAUGUGUACAAUAUUUCACCCUUAAGUACUUUCCCCGUCAGCCUUCUGUGAAACCGGAGCCCUCAGAGGCCCAGCAAAGAGCAGUGAGGCUCGGGGGCAGGUUGAGCUUGGGACCACACAGCCCUGAAGGGGCUGCUCAGGGGUUCAGACCGGUGAACCCAGGGCUCCAGCAGCCCUUGUCGGGGGGCCAUGAUACAGGGUGGCACCCCUUCCCGUGACUGACGCUGUGGGAGGAACGGGCCAGCUUAUGGGAGGAGUUCAGGUGGGAGGGGGUGACAGGGAGUCAGGUAGCAAGGUGACAAGGCACCCUAGAAGCACUUAGAGAAAUGACUGUCCCAUCCAAUAACCUCUCCAAGAACCUAGUUUUAAUGGGGAGGCAGAGUCGUUUGCAUAUCAUUUGCAUGCAAUCAAAAUAAUGCCCAUUUGUAAAGAAACCCUCAUUUAGCCCAUUUUCUUUUAAGAAACCGCUCCUCUUCAUUCCCCUUGACCUCUGCUUUUUUUUUUCAGAGUGUUGGGUGGUGUUGAGCAGGCAGCCAGGCCUUGGUGUCACUGUCACCUCCCCCCAGGUGACUAGGGCUGCCCCGCCCACUACGACUCUGGUACCCCUCAUAGGUCUCCAGGGAGCUGGGUUCCCAUCUUAAGAUGGGCUCCUGGGGCCCGGAGAGGGGAAGGCGGUUCGGGCAGUACCAGGCUGCUUCUCCUGCCCCGCCCUCUGCGGGUGGCAUUCUCGACUUUGGAUCUUUACUUCCUCAUUAAAACUGACCUGUCCUGGUCCCUCAGGCCCUACAUCUGUCCAGCUGCCAACCAGUAAUGCUACCCCUUCCCUGGGGGAAGGAUGUGGGUGACUAUUUGGGGCCACGCACUCGGCUGUCUACUUGCCUACAAAUAAAUCCCCCUUUAUCUUGUUUGUGAAUAUUGGCACACAGAGUCCCAGAGGCACUAACUCCCAUGAAAAGAACCUUGACCUUCCUUUGCUGCUGAUGCACAGCUCACGGUCUUAAUGAGCUUUUGCCGAGUGCUAAUGAGAUGCCCUUCAGUAGCUCGGGCACAGCAGUUAGCCUGGGGUCUGUGAGGAGGUGCAGGUAUUCCGCAGGCCAAGGAGGGCCACAGGGCCCAAGGGGAUCCCAGGGGAGAGAGACCCCUGUCACCUGCAAAAGUUCCCUGAGCCCCUGCUUCUCUCCCUCCUUCUCUUGGAGGCCAGGAGAUAUUAACGAGAGCCAGCUGUUUGGGAGCGCCUACUGCAUCCUGGGUCCUAGCCAUGCAUUCUUGGGAAUCCUCACAGCAUUCCUCAGAAGGGGAUGUUUUUGUUUCCGUCUCACUGCUAAGGGAAAUUGAAGCUCAGAGACAUGAAGUAACUGGUCUGAGCUCACACAGCUUGUGAGACAGAGCCGGGCUUCCCACCCAGGGCUAUUGGCUCCUGAGUCCAUGCUCUCUGUCCCCUACAGCCUCUCAGCAUGUACCACAUUUGACUCCAGGGCCAGCUGAUCAGCUUCCCUCAGUUGCUGUGCUCCACCUGCGUGCUAAUCCGACAAAAAGGAGCACCCGAUCUGGAGUUCGGAGUCCAGUAUCCGAGUCUUAGCUCCAGCCCUGCCCCGGGGGGGCAGGCCACUGAACAAGCCACUGAACAUUGACUUAAUCUGGGAAAUGGGGCAGGAGACAAAAUGACAUCCAGAGCUCUGAUCCAUCCACUGCUAUGCUGGCAGGAUUUGAGUCCCCCGAAGUCAAGCUGCCCCUGUGCCCACCACCGGUGGCCGUCCCCUGUGAGUCUUGUUCUCAUCGUUGUUCACAUCUCAUAAACAGAAGAAUGCCCAUUGGAGCGGUGCGUUCAUUUGUUCAACAACCUACUUAGCACCUACUAUGUGCCAGGAACCGUUCCAGGCCUCGGUGAUGCAAGGAAAUGCAAACACAGACCCAGACCCUGACCUCAUGGGCCUUACCAUUGAGGUGGGACAAAGAACUUUCAUAAAAGAACCCCUCAAACAUAUAACCACAAACCAGAGGGUGGUGAGGGAGAAGAGUGAGGCAUAAGGGCACAAAGCCAUGAGGCCGGGGCUGGCAGAGGGGUCCCUGGAGAAGGAUGAGGACCACUUUCCUCGCCUCGGGGGUGCUGAUCCCACCCGACACAGGCCUCUGGAGCCAAAGGACAGCCUACUGCAGGCUGAUGCGAAGGCAUCAAAGAAAGGAUUCAUUGGAUCUUAGAGGGGAUAAGACCAGAGCCCUCUUGGGGCAGCAGACAUGGAAAGGGACAACACGCUGGCCCAGGAGAGAACAUCUGGCUCAGAGUGACACAACCCACCAGGUGAAUCAAAAGAGAGCCAAGCAAAACACGUGCAGUAGCCCUGUGCACAGGGCUCUCAGGCCAGCCUCGGUUCCUACAGAGAAAGUUUCUCAGGAAGAACUGAGUCUCCUUUGCCCCUUGGGGCCUCUAGAGGAGUUCAGGGGUGGUGGUCACAUCUGCUCCAGCAGGCUAAAUGCCAUUGCCUUUGGCAUUCGAGGCCCAGCAGAGUCCUGUGAAAUUCUGGCCACUCUGAACGGGUGUACAAUAGGAGCCCAGCCUCUGGGGGCCAUGGGUCCACACACUGCUGUCCCUGGGGGUUCAGGCUGGCAUGGGGCCUGAUGUCUUUGCCCAGCUCUGCCCUCCAAGGCUGCCUGGAUUUGCCUUAGAGACGAGGUCUGCAUCCUGAGACCAGGAUGGCAGAAUGUGCCUCCCAGCCACAAAGAGGGGCUCAGGCCCCCCACACCACAUCUCCAACAGAGGGGCUCCGAGGGAGCCUCUUCCAGUUCCCUCAUCUUCUUCCCAGCCUUCACUGCCUCCUCCUUGGUUUCCCCACCUUUAAUCUGUCCCUCAUACAAGCCCAUUCUUCCCUCUUCUGGUCGCUGCGCCUUGACUUUUUUUCUUUGAGGAUCUUCCCCAUCCCAGACCUGUGGUGCAGAUGAAGCUGAGGCAACCCUCCCCCCACACACUCCCCUAAUUACCCCCUCACAUUACCCCCUAACCAGGUGUACGUGGCAUGUAACCCACGCCUGGCCAAUCAGUGCAUUCCAUCUUCUGGCCAUAGUGAUAGGUUGAGGGAUGGACUGACCCAAGCCAGUACAAUGAAUGUCUUCCUGGGGACUUGGUGGAAUUAUGGCAAAGAUAGACUCUCCUUUGACCAAUAUUUCUAGGUUGUGGGAGGAAAUCCUGGAGCCUGCCUAGGAGUGAGGCCGAAACAGAGGAAGGCAGACCAAAGGGUAAAAGUCAAAUUUCUGAUAACAUCACUUAAGCCCCUGGAUCCAGCCAUGCCUGAAGAUAAACGUGCCUAGAUUUCUUUCUUAAGC